AGAGUCCAUUGGCUGACAGCUGCUCUCGGGGCUCCACGGCCCCGCCUCCAUCUGUCAGGCACUGCGCUGCUACAGCUCCGUGUGACUGUCGAUGCACUGUAGUGAGAUACUACUCUAACUUUAUACGACAGCCUUGGAUGGACUUUUACUAAAAACAGAACAUAUUGGUGAGAGCAGCUCGCGCGACACCCCGUACACAUCCGAACUGCGCCGUCUUGAAUCUUUUCCUCCACUUCCCCAAACCCUCUUUUACAGUAUGAAGUGCAGUUAUGGCAAGGAGUAGCAAGUCAGUAACGAGGACCCUGGAGGAUUUAACGCUAGACUCGGGUUAUGGUGGAGCCGCCGACUCCUUCAGGUCUUCCAGUGCGUCGCUGUGCUGCUCAGAGGCGCAUGGGGGGACUCACUGGCAUUUAACCGAAUCGAUGCACAGUCGACACAACAGUCUGGACACUGUUAACACGGUCCUGGUCGAAGACGCCGAGAUCCUGGAGAGCACCGGGCAGUGCGCUAAACUACCCGAGCUUGAGGAUGUGCCGUGGAGCCUCGGGGAAGUGGCGAGCGCGCUGAGCAGGGACAAGGAGAUGACCCUGCCGCCUCCCCCGCAGGACGUCCUGCUCCGGCUCUCGGUGCUGGUCAGCCGGGUCCUGGUAAGGGUCGCAAAGGAGUCGCAGCGCUUGAGUUUACGCUACGCCAAAUGCACCAAAUAUGAGAUCCAAAGUGCCAUAAAGAUCGUCCUGUCGUGGAGCGUCUCGACGAGCUGCAUCAGCGCGGCCCUGGGCGCCUUGUCCCUGUACAACAUGAGCACGGAGGAGGACAAGUUCAGCCGCGGUAAGUCGGCGCGCUGCGGACUCAUCUUCAACGUGGGGAAGUUCUUCAGGUGGAUGGUCGAGAGCAGGGUUGCGGUCAGGAUCCACGAGCACGCGGCGAUCUACCUGGCUGCGUGCAUGGAGAGCCUCUUCCGCGAGGUGUACGCGCGCGUGCUGCGCAGCGCGCUGCUGGAGCGGGAUAACGGAAUCCCCAAGUUCACCGUGGAGACCCUGGAGCAGGCCGUCAACACUGACGCGGAGAUAUGGGGGUCUCUUCAACUGUGGCAACACCUGAUAUGUGGGAAGAAUGCAAACGGUGUGCUAAGCCUACCUGAGGGUCUGAUGCUCUACCGGGACCAGCAGCAGCAGCAGCGAGCGGGGAAAAGCGGAGAAGGAAAUGCCUACAGCCAGUCUGAGCUGCGCUCCAUUGAACAGUGUUUACUGGCCACACGAGUGGGCAGCAUCGCUGAACUCAGUGACCUGGUGUCCAGGGCCAUGCACCAUCUACAGCCGUUGUAUAUGAAGAACCACAACAACGGGACGCCGAUCCACCAGAAGAGCAGCGUGAUCCACUGGGCGCCCGAAGCCCUCUACACGCUGUGCUACUUCAUGCACUGCCCUCAUAUGGAGUGGGAGAACCCCAAUGUUGAGCCCUCGAAGGUCACCCUGCAAACAGAGAGGCCGUUCAUGGCGCUGCCGCCUCUCAUGGAGUGGGUGCGCGUCGCUGCGGUGCACACCGGACACAGACGCAGCUUCUCCGUGGACAGCGACGAUGUUCGGCAGGCGGCCCGACUGCUGCUUCCCGGAGUGGACUGCGAGCCCCGUCAGCUCCGGACGGACGACUGCUUCUGUGCCUCGAGGAAACUGGACGCCGCCUCCACAGAAGCGAAGUUUCUGCAGGACCUCGGCUUCCGUAUGCUCAGCUGUGGUCGCACUGACCUGGUGAAGCAGGCGGUCAACCUGCUGGGGCCUGAUGGCAUCAACAGCAUGAGUGAGCAGGGGAUGACCCCACUGAUGCACGCUUGUGUGCGUGGAGACGAGGCCAUGGUGCAGAUGCUGCUGGAUGCCGGCGCCGAUAUUAACAGCGAGGUGCCAAACUCAGUGCACAAGCACCCCUCAGUCUUUCCCGAAACGCGGCAGGCGACGCCCCUCACUUUCGCCGUGUUACACGCACAUGUGCCUGUGGUGCAGCUGCUGCUGGACGCCAAAGCCAACGUGGAGGGGUCCCUGCAGGACGGGAUGGAGAACUACACGGAGACCCCGCUGCAGCUGGCUGCUGCUGCAGGUAACUUUGAGCUGGUGAGCUUGCUGCUGGAGCGGGGGGCGGACCCCAUGGUGGGAACCAUGUUCCGCAAUGGCAUCUCCACGGCACCGCAGGGGGACAUGAACUCCUACAGUCUGGCAGCAGCUCAUGGACACAGAAAUGUGUUUCGUAAGCUGCUGUCCCACACGGAGAAAGGGAAAGGGGACGUCUUAUCCCUGGAAGAGAUUCUGGCAGAGGGUUCGGAGCUGGAGGGGAGAAGUCCGUCUCAGAUUGACCAGAUCAGAACUGGGAAAGCCAAACUGAAAGCCCUGAAAGAAGCCAUGUACCACAGUGCAGAACACGGCCACGUGGACAUCAGCAUAGACAUACGGAGCCUGGGGGUUCCGUGGACUUUGCACACUUGGAUGGAGUCUCUGCGCACGUGUUUCCAUCAGCACCGACGACCUUUGAUCCAGGGUCUCCUCAAAGAGUUCAGCUGCAUCGAGGAAGAGGAGUACACCGAGGAGCUCAUCACACAUGGGCUGCCUCUCAUGGUCCAGAUCCUCAGAGCCAGCAAGAAUGAGGUAAUCAGCCAGCAGCUGUCUGCAAUCUUCACCCAGUGCUAUGGUCCUUACCCAAUCCCCAAACUGGCAGAGAUCAAGAGGAAGCAGACAUCACGCCUGGAUCCUCACUUCAUGAACAAUAAAGAAAUGUCAGACGUGACCUUCCUGGUGGAAGGGAAGCCUUAUUAUGCCCACAAGGUGCUGCUCUUCACAGCAUCCAGCAGGUUUAAAUCUCUCCUAUCAAACAGACCGUGCGGUGAAAACACGUGCAUUGAGAUCAGCAAUGUCAAAUAUCACAUUUUUCAGCUGGUGAUGCAAUAUCUCUACUGUGGAGGGACAGAAGCUCUGCACAUCAGGAGCAUCGAUAUCAUGGAGCUUCUGUCUGCAGCCAAGUUCUUCCAGCUGGAGGCGCUGCAGAGGCACUGUGAGAUCAUCUGCACCAAGAACAUUAACAGUGAAACGUGUGUGGAGAUCUACAACCACACCAAGUUUCUUGGAGCUCCAGACUUGGCUUCCUACAUUGAGGGCUACUUCCUGAAGAACAUGUUAAUCCUGAUCGAGUUGGAGCCGUUCAAACAGCUGCUGUACGACACGCCUCCAGAUAGCCCUGGCUCUGACAUCCUGCAGGACCUGGAGAAGACCUUGGCCGUCCGCAUCCAGUCCAUCCACCUGUCCUCCUCCAAGGGAUCCAUUGUCUGAUCUCCUGAACUUUCUGAACACAGGGACAGGGAACAUUCACCGGAGGGUAUCGGAGAAUAUGAAGCUGUAUUGAGAUGAAUGGGAAUAAUAAGACUAGUGGACUGUCCAGUUAGGAUCUUUGCCUCUGUGAAGCUCAUCAGUUGCUAAUAUGCUUCUUGUUAUCUUUGCACAGAUGGUGUUUAUCUGUCAACUAUGAGUUACAGUAACAUACAAUGACUGUCAUAGGAUAUGGCUGUAUUAUGCCACAAUUUGCCAAUACCAUCACAUCACUGUAACAAUGUCCCUCAUUCUACAAUACUUUUCUCAGCUAAAUACUACAGACUACGUGUUACAUGUUGAACUGAAUGGAAUCGGGUUGGACUUCGGAAACUCGGAGGGGGAGUUGCAACUAACUGCAACCGUCAGAGCAUCUAGAUUCAUGUAAGCAAUGUGCUGAGAUGAACACCCUCAGUUUAAUGUGUUACUCCAUCGGUGUAUUCCCCCGUAAGAAACAACUGCUGCCCCAUGCUGUGAUUAUUUGCUUGAACAUGUGGACUUGUACAGAGUAAUUAAUUUGUAUAUUUGUCACUUUGCAUUAUCUAUGCUGAUUACUCUUAAAAGCCAAAAAACUAACGAUACCUGUAAUGUGACUGAUGCAGAAGGAGGACUUUCACCACGUGACUUUGGGCAACUGGGUGGGAAAGAGGACUUUUCCUCCCUCCACUAUACUGUGUAAAUAUUGUUCAUAAAAAACAGAGCUAUUAAUAAUGUAAGUUAAUGUAUAUAUAUACACCCACCAGAUGUGUUCUCAUGUGUCUUACUGUUGGAUAGUGCUGUAAAAACAAGAAGCUCCUCUUUUAAAAAUCGAUGUUUAAAUGUUGCAUGUCAGAGGGAUGCAUGUGUGGUUUUUUUUCCUUCUGUUUGAACUGUUGCAGGAUUACGUUGAGGAGCUGCUUUCACACUUAUAUGACUGGAAGUUGAGUGAGGAUAUUUUUGUCAUCGGCAUGGGUCACUAAACUUCUCUCAGUCAAA